CAGCUCUCAUUGUCAUACAAACACGGCUCCCUCAAGCGUCUACUCAUGGGCUCAUUAAUGGUCAGAGCUGGGAAGAGCACUUUUCCUGGAGACACUGGGAGAUCUAGCCUUGUAUAUACCCUUAAACGCACCAGAUGACUCCCACCUAGGGCUAAAUGGAAGAAUAACUACACAGACUACAGACGUGAAGCGACCUUUAUCAGCAUAAUGAAAAAGCCUUACGAGCCAGAGGACAAGUUCAGGCUGGAGAUGGCCACAGCCCAGCCUGCACCCCCCACCCUGACCCGAGGCCAGUGGUCGAACAAAAUUGAGUUCCUUCUGGCUGUUGCAGGACAAAUCAUAGGCCUAGGAAAUGUGUGGAGGUUCCCUUACCUGUGCUACAAAAAUGGAGGAGGUGUGUUCUUCAUCCCCUAUAUCCUCUUCCUCUUCACCUGCGGCAUCCCCCUGUUUCUAUUGGAGACGUCUCUCGGCCAGUACACCAAACAGGGCAGUAUUACAUGCUGGAGAAAAAUCUGUCCACUUUUUGAAGGUAUGGGCAUUGGCCAUCAGGUGGUGGUUUUAUACUCCAGCAUCUAUUACAUCAUCAUAUUGGCCUGGGCUUUCUUCUAUCUCUUCUCCUCUUUCAACUCUGAACUUCCAUGGGCCAGUUGCAGAAACAGCUGGAACACAGAGACCUGUGUGGAGUUUGAUCGAAAGGAUGGUUAUUUGAACUGGACUGUAGCUGAAAAUGCGACUUCACCAGUGAGAGAGUUUUGGGAGAGAAGAGUUUUGAAUAUCACAGGAAGUGUCCAUGAGUUAGGCAGCAUACGAUGGGAGCUGGCUCUGUGUCUUCUGUUGUCCUGGAUCAUCUGCUACUUUUGUGUCUGGAAAGGAGUAAAGUCAACUGGGAAGGUAGUGUAUUUUACUGCCACAUUUCCAUACCUGAUGCUGGCGGUAUUGGUUGUGCGUGGACUUACGUUGCCAGGGGCCAUAAAUGGGAUCAAGUUCUACCUGUACCCAGAUCCAUCCCGCCUCACCGAUCCUCAGGUGUGGAUGGACGCAGGCACACAAAUAUUUUAUUCCUAUGCUAUCUGCAUUGGGUGUCUUACUGCGCUUGGCAGUUAUAACAAGUAUGACAACAACUGUUACAAGGACUGUGUGUACUUGUGCCUUCUAAACAGUGGGACCAGUUUUGUAGCUGGUUUUGCCAUCUUCUCUGCACUUGGAUUCAUGGCAUAUGAGCAGAACACAGACAUAUCAAACGUGGCAGAGUCAGGUCCUGGCUUGGCGUUCAUUGCCUAUCCUCGAGCGGUCGCCAUGAUGCCUUUUCCUCAGCUCUGGGCGAUAUUCUUUUUUAUAAUGAUCAUCCUACUGGGACUGGACAGUGAGUUUGUUGGACUGGAAGCCAUCGUUACAUCGAUUUCUGACACAAACCCUUCCUUCUUCCACGUUGGCCAUCGACGUAAACUUCUUCUACUUGCCAUCAGUGUUCUUAGCUUCUUCGUUGGCCUUGUGAUGGUCACAGAAGGUGGGCUGUACAUCUUCCAGCUGUUUGACUACUAUGCCUGCAGUGGGAUGACUCUACUUCUCUUUGCCAGUCUGCAGUCUCUUUGUAUCGGAUGGAUAUAUGGUGCAGACCGGUUUUAUGAAAACAUAGAGGACAUGAUCGGCUACAAGCCUACAUCCCUGAUUAAGUAUUGCUUGAAGUAUGUCACUCCAGUAAUAUGCAUGGGAACGUUUGUUUUCUCCUUGAUCAAAUACACUCCUCUGAAGUUCAACAACACUAUUGAGUAUCCAUGGUGGGGAUAUGCUCUCGGCUGGUGGUUUACUCUCUCCUCUACACUCAUGGUUCCUCUAUUUAUGUCGUACAGACUGUGCACCACUCCUGGUACACUGCGACAGAGGUUCUCUUUCUUAUGUACUCCGACUGAAGACCUGAACUCGAACAGAUCAGAAAAGAAAGGACUUGAAAUGCUCCAGUUGACCUCAGCUGAUGUUGUAGUAUCGUAAUGAGCAAACUAGAGCUGCUUUCAGUCCCUGGUUGCUCAAGAAUAGUGGUUGCGAUCAGUAAAAUGUCAGUUUGCAUACGUGUAAAAGGCCUACAAAAGAUCAACUAUUUAAAAAAAAAAGUGCUUUCCUGUCAUUUAAAUAAAUCCAAUAAUCAUUUUGAGGGUUUGAAUUCAUACACAAAUAUUGUAAAGAUCAAAUGUCUACUUACUGUAAAGGGAACAUCUGCUUUUAGACACAUAUCAUGAUUUUGAAGAAACAACAUUCAAAAAUCUUUGUAGUCUGUACAAAAAAUAUGAGAAAUUGUCUAAAUAGCCAAUGUGAAAUUUAACAAACACAGCCUCAAACCUAUUCAGAAAAUUGCUGUUCCUGAAACCAAUUAUUACUUUCCUAAUGAUUUAAUUUGUUCAUUUUGCCUCAAUUAAUUAGGUUUUUAAGGGACAAAUGCACAUUAAAACUUCCCAGAAUAUGAGGUAACCGGUAAAUACUGAAUGUCUUCAAAAUUCGUCAUGUAUUAGUGUUUUGUUGAUCAAUGAUUUGUCUUUUAGUUGUCAGCUCUUUCAUCAAGCGAACCUUAUAACCUGUCUUUCAUAAAUCAACAGCCAUGCCUGCAUUCACACAUAUUUUAAACUGUUACUUGUGUAAAGAAAGAAAAAAAGUUGAGAAAAUUAGUGUUCUGUUUUAUCCAGGUUAUAAAACUUCUAGAGUAAAUUAACCAUGCUAAACACUUGCCAAAUAAGCCAUACAGUUUGAACACUUAAGUCACUUUUAGGUCACUGUGAAUGCUGAAAUUGAAUUCCAAAUUGUGGAUAUCACUACAUAGAGCAGUAAUAUGAAAGAGGAACAGUUGUCUAGCCCUUAUUGUCCGAUUCAAACUUUGGACAUGUACCUUAAGUUUAACUUGAGCGAUUCUGACAUGAAGACAACAGAACUGUAGCCAUAUUAAUGUGCAUGUAAUGCCCACACAGGAAGGAAACGAUUCAGCACUUACAAGUUAGUGUUUGGUGUCGGAGGAAACAAACAACCUUGAGUUGGAUGUGACACUGAGAAAGCCUGUUCGCUGUAGCAGUGAGAGACACAAAGAGUAUCUUUUUAACAAAGCUAUUUUGAGUAUAUUUAACUGAAGACUCAACUUUAAAUAGUUUUUAUACAGAAGGUGCAGGUAAUAUUCAUAUCAUUUUGUAUACUCGUCUUUUGUAUCAUUGUCAUAAAAAUCUGUGGCAAUAGUCCUUUGUGUAACAUGUAAAUGCUAUGAUAUGCCAUUACUUACAUUUAAGGAUCAAAAACUAUUUUGAUGUUUUUUUUAAAUGUCUGUUUUCACAAGAUUUAAGAACAUUCUGUGUUUGUUUGAAUCAUAAGACUGAUGCAUACUGUAAUGUGUUUAUUUUUGUUUUAAUCGUAAUAAACAAUGUGCCAUACUUUAAAUGAUUUCAGAGUAAACUGUUAAUAACGUGAUAUUGAUUAGCUUAGAUUUCCUGGCAGCUCAUCAUUAUUGAUUUAUUUGAUUGUUUUCCGAAAAAAAUUGUUGGUAAAACUGAUUUGAAUCUUGAAUGGCAAAAAGAAUCAGAACAUCUAUUGGACAAAUUAAUAUUAAAGUAAUUGAAAUAAAUCUCUUAGUCAUUUAAAACAUCCAGUGAUGACCAAUUACCAGUUUGUGAUGUGAUGAUCAAAUGUGUAACUUUUUUAAGAUGGUGAAAACUAUGAUACAGAAAAUAUGUGGGAAUACAAUUUUUAAAUGAGAUAUUAAUAUUUAAUAGAAUACAAUUAAAUUAAAUUGGAUCCUCAUAAAUUAUUUGUUUUACAAACGCUAAACAGAAGCAGAUCCUUCUCUGGGUCAUGCUAUGUUAAGAUAAAGGAGUGAAUAUGCACAGACUGUCCUUGACUGCACCAACAACAAGGAUCAUAUCAAAGGAUUUAUACAGGUGCAAUACCUCAUAACAACUACAUAAAGGGCCCUCUAAGGCUUUUGGGGGGUUUUCAUUACCUUUGGUGUGUUGUACAGGUUUUUGUGCAUGUAAGUGGCCUGAAAUUACUAAGUUCCCUCCAAAGGGGUUUCUCUGCAACACACUGUUGCAGUCCCCCCUUGGUUCUUAAGUUUCAGCUCAUAGUUUAUCCAUACAGCUCACAACUUUAUGUUGUUCUGGUUUAAUUUGACCGCACCAGUACCAAAGAAUGUUCUACAAUGGUGGAUGUGAUGGUGCAUUCAGCAGGUAACGACCAUAUUUGUUGAGUUAAAACAGAAUGUAUGGAUUGGCUUCUCAAUUGAAGAAUGACAUGUUUCAUUAAUGCAACUCUUGGAUUUAUUAUAUGCUUUUAAAGUGCAAAAAAAUAAAAAAUAUAUAUAUAAAGAAGACAUGAACAAAGGUACCAUACGUAGUUUUUGUCUGAAAAUAUUUCAUUGCAUAAAUGCCGGUUUAACACAUUGAUCAAAUCUUGCUUUAGAGGGAGAAGAUCUUUUGAAUACAUGUAAACACUUUGUAGAACAGUUUUUAAUAAAACCAAUCUCAAUCGGCAGUGCGGCAGUUAAUCAGCUGCAUUUUGUUUAUGUCAAACUUUUCCAAAUAUUCCUAUAAUUGGCAUUGGCAAGUUAUCAAAAAUGAUGAAUACAGCUUUAAGAGCCCCAGGAUAUUUUUUGUAGAUGACAAUGAGGGAUAAAUAUUCUGUAUAAUCUCAAAUGCAAUUAAUAAUUGCUAGAAAAGGUACGUCAUGCUCAUUUCCACUAUACAAAAUGUUUGAAUGUGUAGAGCCAGCAGUACUUCGAAACAUAUAGCAUAAGCUGUUUAAAAACCUUUCUAACAAGCAACAACAAUAUACAGUAUAUCAACACGCACACAGUUGCACAUACAUACACGCUGUUGAUUUUUUUUCUUUUUACACAAAAUAUUUAAGACAGCUAAGGUUUUCGUUGUGAACCAACUAAUGUUUAUAAAACAUUUCAAGAUUAUCGUCAAGAAUUUAUCCAGAUAUUUCAUGAAAAGAUAACAGUGUUGGUUUUUACAGUCACCAAAGUGCAACACUGUCCACUAUCAACCAUCAUUCACACACUUUGAAAAAAAAAACAUGAAA